AUGGAAGCUGAACUAUCUGAGCUAAAAGCUGAAGUCAAGAGACUCCAUGCAAAGUUGCAAAAGGUGGAAGAUGAGGCAGAAAUUAGAAAAGUCCAUUUCAAAUAUGGCUAUUACCUCGACAAAUGUCUCUACAAUGAAGUAGUGGACAUGUUCUCCAACCAUCCAGACGCAUACGUCGAAUUUCUUGGCUCACGAUACCGCCGCAAAGAAGGUAUUCGCCGUCUUUAUAUCGGCCGGUUCCAAAAUACAUUUGUGAAAGGCCGCAAUGGGCCAGUCUAUGGCUUCCUCCUCGACCACCCGAUGAUGCAGGACAUCGUGGACGUCGACCCGUCGGGCACACGUGCCUGGGCACGCAUCCGCGCCCUCAUGUCGGCAGGAACACAUCAGAGCAUCCAAGAAGAACACCCACGUGGACACGCGCAGUGGUGGGAAGGCGGGCUAUACGAGAACGAGUACAUCAAGGAGGACGGAGUGUGGAAGCCAUUCCGAUACCGAUACUUCCCAUUCUGGCACGCAGACUUUGAGCGCGGCUGGUCGCAUACGAAGAAGAACUACGUGCCCUGGCCGAACAAAACGUAUCCUGAUGAUCCCAUCGGGCCAGACGAGUUGAUUGAGCAGCGAAUGCUGUGGCCGGAUACGCGUGUGGUGCCAUUCCACUAUUCGCACCCUGUGACAGGCGAAAAGGUAAAGGAUGACGAUCUCCGCGCACCGAAGUAUGGAGAGGAUCCGAGCACGGCACUGCCGCCGCUGUCGUUGGCGUUGCCGCGGGAUCAGAUGGAAGGAAAAGGAGAAACCUGA